CCGGUGGCAAGCCCAGCCUCUCACUUCCCUCCUGGAGCCCUUUUCAUUUUUAUUUCUAACCCUCUCUCCAUUCUCCCUGCUGCCUCUGCUCCUUCCCCCGAUGGCUACGAACUGAGCAGCAGAAGAGAGGAGGGGCACAGGAAUAAGGGAAGGGGGGGUGGAAAAGGCAAGCAAAAGGACGAGGGAGAAAAAAGGAAUUUUUUUUUUUUUCUUUGCCUCUGCCCUUAAUGCCCGCGAUCUGGAUCAAGGAAGGGGAUUUUCUGUCUGAGCAUGAAAAGGACUGCUAGAGCCCCAGGAUUUUCACGCCUGCAUUAUCAGCCCAGCACCCAGUAUGCCAGCUGGACAGAGAAGCUCUCCCACAAGUUCCUACCGAGCCGAAUAAAACCCACGGGCGACCAGAUCUCCGCCAGAGAGGGACGUUAGCAUCAGGACUCCACAGAAUGGAGCAAGAAUGAGAGGAAAAAGGCAGACAGAAAAGCAUGAACUGGAGGCUUGUUGAGUUCCUCUACCUCCUGUUUAUAUGGGACCAUAUACUAGUACAGCCCUCCCACCAGGACACAACUGCUACCAACCAACAUGUCUCCAAGGAAUUUGAUUGGCUUAUUUCAGACAGGGGGCCUUUCCACCACUCGCGGAGCUACUUAUCCUUUGUGGAAAGACAUCGUCAAGGAUUUACAACCAGAUAUAAAAUAUACAGGGAGUUUGCCCGUUGGAAGGUGAGGAACACAGCCAUCGAGCGGAGGGACCUGCUCCACAAUCCACUGCCCCUGAUGCCUGAGUUUCAGAGGAGCAUCCGCCUCCUGGGCAGGAGACCCACCACGCAGCAGUUCAUCGAUACCAUCAUCAAAAAAUACGGCACCCACAUCCUCAUCUCUGCCACCCUGGGAGGAGAGGAGGCCCUGACCAUGUACAUGGACAAAAGCCGCCUCGACAGAAAGUCGGGAAAUGCUACCCAGAGCGUUGAAGCGUUGCACCAGCUUGCUUCCUCCUACUUUGUAGACCGUGAUGGCACCAUGAGGAGACUCCAUGAGAUCCAGAUCUCUACCGGAGCAAUUAAGGUAACAGAAACUCGGACUGGCCCCCUGGGCUGUAACAGCUACGACAAUCUGGACUCUGUGAGUUCUGUCCUUCUGCAAAGCACUGAGAGCAAACUCCACCUGCAAGGUCUCCAGAUCAUCUUUCCUCAGUAUUUACAAGAGAAGUUUGUCCAGUCUGCCUUGAGUUACAUCAUGUGCAAUGGCGAGGGCGAGUACAUCUGCCGGAACAGCCAGUGCGGCUGCCAGUGUGCGGAGGAGUUCCCGCAGUGCAACUGCCCCAUCACCGACAUCCAGAUCAUGGAGUACACACUGGCAAACAUGGCCAAGACCUGGACAGAAGCCUAUAAAGAUCUGGAGAAUUCAGAUGAGUUUAAAUCCUUCAUGAAAAGGCUACCUAGCAACCACUUCCUGACCAUCGGGAGCAUCCACCAGCACUGGGGGAACGACUGGGACCUGCAGACCCGCUACAAGCUGCUGCAGAGCAACCUGGAAGCCCAGCGCCAGAAGAUCCAGCGCACUGCCCGCAAACUCUUUGGCCUCAGUGUCCGGUGUCGGCACAAUCCCAACCACCAGCUGCCUAGAGAAAGGACAAUACAGGAAUGGCUUACUCGGGUCCAGUCCCUGCUCUACUGCAACGAGAAUGGGUUCUGGGGGACCUUUCUGGAAAGCCAGCGGAGCUGCGUUUGCCAUGGUGGCACCAGCCUGUGCCAGCGCCCCAUCCCCUGCAUCAUCGGGGGCAACAACAGCUGUGCCAUGUGCAGCCUUGCCAACAUUUCUCUCUGCGGCUCAUGCAACAAGGGCUAUAAGCUUUACCGGGGUCGCUGCGAGCCCCAGAACGUAGACUCGGAGCGGAGUGAGCAGUUCAUCAGCUUUGAGACAGACUUGGACUUCCAGGACCUAGAGCUGAAGUACCUGCUGCAGAAAAUGGACUCUCGUCUGUAUGUGCACACCACCUUCAUCAGCAACGAGAUCCGCCUGGACACCUUCUUUGAUCCCAGGUGGCGCAAACGCAUGUCCCUCACCUUGAAGAGCAACAAGAACCGGAUGGACUUCAUCCACAUGGUGAUCGGGAUCUCCAUGCGAAUCUGCCAGAUGCGCAACAGCAGCCUGGACCCCAUGUUCUUUGUCUACGUCAACCCCUUCAGCGGGAGUCACUCCGAGGGCUGGAACAUGCCCUUUGGGGAGUACGGCUACCCGCGCUGGGAGAAAAUCCGCCUCCAAAACAGCCAGUGCUACAACUGGACCCUGCUGCUGGGCAACCGGUGGAAAACCUUUUUCGAGACUGUCCACAUCUACCUACGCAGCCGGACUCGGCUGCCCUCCCUGCUGCGUAACGAGACUGGCCAAGGGCCUGUGGACCUUUCUGACCCCACCAAGCGUCAGUUCUACAUCAAGAUCUCAGAUGUGCAGGUGUAUGGCUACAGCCUGCGUUUUAACGCCGACCUACUGCGCAGUGCUGUGCAGCAGGUCAACCAGUCCUACACGCAAGGCGGGCAGUUCUAUUCUUCCUCCUCCGUCAUGCUCUUGCUGCUGGAUAUUCGGGACCGAAUCAAUAGACUGGCACCUCCUGUGGCCCCUGGGAAGCCCCAGCUGGAUCUGUUCUCUUGUAUGCUCAAGCAUCGCCUGAAGCUCACCAACAGCGAGAUCAUCCGUGUCAACCACGCUCUAGACCUGUACAACACUGAGAUCCUCAAACAGUCAGACCAGAUGACAGCCAAACUCUGCUAACCCGGACUUUUCAGUGGACAUGUUGGUGAUUGAUCCUUUUGCUGUAAAAAAAAGAAAUAAUAAUAAAAGAGGAAAAAAAAUAAGAAAAAAUAUAAAAAGAAAGAAAAGUGGGGGGAAAGUUAUAAGGGGGAAACCAAGAUUUGUAAAAUGUAAUUAAUAUACAAAAGGAAAAAACAAGAGGAAAUUCUUCAUUUGUUGAAAACUAAACCCGUUCUAGCAGCUGUAUAAAACUGUCAGGCAUGUUUGUUAUUUCCAUAAUCCGUCAUAAAAGGGUGACACUUUACUCUCUCUUGACCUUGGGGGUCUUGCUUGCUAGUCCUUGGGGGCAGCAGAGUAAAUAAAGGGAGGAUCAGAGAGAGGGACAAACUUCUGUAAUGAACUGUAAAGUUUUCUGCUAUGCAGGUGCCAAGACAAAGAGACAAAAAAAAAAAAAAAAAAAAAAAUCAAAACAAACAAGAGUUAUAUGUAAAUGUAAAAGAGGUGCCAUUAUUCCUAUAGUGGGAGUAAAUGGUUAAAGAUAAAAGAUAUUUCUUCUGCUGAGAUUUAUACCAGGUUUACAUUGAGUUAUUCACACAGCCUGUGCUGAACUUUGCUGGAGUACAGAAGGUGAUGUCAGCCCUUUAAGAGUAAAACUAACGCCUCAUUGGUGAGAAAACACAUAAGAGGUGGAGGGUGGGUGCAAGUCUCAGGUGUCUUCACUUUGGGAUUUCCACCUUGGAAGAGUUUUCACCCGAGGUAGAGUCUCAACUCUUGCUGAAGAAUGAUACAGCAGGUCCCUUGGGCUGCUUUGCUCAACUGGAGUUUAUGCAUCACAACUGCUGUUGCCUUCCAUGUUGUCAGAGCUCAACCCCAUGAGGAUCAGCACCUAUGGAUCUGCGGAGUUGCUUGUCUUUCAGGUACUUCAAUAGAGUCUCUAGAACAAAGCUAAAAUCAUACGCACUUUGAUAAACCUAGGCUUACAGGCAAACCCGAGUCUGGCUUUCCGCCUUGGGUUCUGGGUUUUCCAAUAACACUGGGAAGCCCUCAGCACCACAAAAACCAAAGCACAAUGCAAGAAAAUACAUUUCAAUGGAAAGCUGGAGACACAAGGGUACAUGUCAUUUUUGUUUUUUUCAGGGAAGGAAAACUCCCUUUUACUUUCUCAUGUUUCUGUGGCUGUGAAUAAUAUCCUUGUUAUACUUACAAUUUCUUUGUUCACAAAGAAAAUUUACAGAUGAGAAAAUUUUAUUGAAUGUCCACAAAAGUAGUAAAAGGGAGGGAGUAUUAAAAGUAGUAAAAGUGGGAGGGAAGAGCACAAUAACCAAAUCCACCCUGAAUUUGCAUGGAUAAAACCAAAUUUAAAAGGGCCAAGUUAUCCAAAAAAAAAAAAAAAAAAAAAAAAAAAACAAAA